AUGGCCGACGCCAUGAUCAUUCUCGAAACUCACAUCUACUCCAACACUCCCAAUGGCCUGCCGCCCUGGGUCCGCAGUUUCCAUCUACGCCUCUCCGCGACCGGGAAGAAGGCCGACAUCCUCAAGCUCGUCCAUGAUUCUAUGGUUCGCCUUGGCCGCUCCGACCCCGUUGCUGAGACGCAGAUCACCCUGUAUUGGACUCGACAUGGCCGAGUCGUAUCCAUCCCAGGGACCAGCAGCUCAAACGCCAUGAUCACUCUGCCCGUCUACCGGCCGCCGCAGCUCUUCAAUUUCAACGUCGGCCACCCUAUGGUCUACCCGCAACAUUCCCAAACGGCGAUGGCCUCCGCCUACCCACUGGCUCUCACCUACUCGGGUGGUGCCAAUUACCUGCACUCGUACGGCCCGAACCCUGUCAUGAUGCCGCCUACCAUGGUUCCUGCCCAGCAGACUUGGAUGGUCGGCUACGUCAACGUUCCGUUCUUCGGUGCUGAUCGUACCGGUGGCAUCGGAGGCCAGCCCAUCGUCUCAGAUGUUGUCAGAGAGGCCCGUCUCGACACACUCGCGGAGGAAGGCCUUGCCGGCAUGCUGGAGUGGGCCACAGGCCCUACAGGCCUCAAGCUGAUCCUCAUCGUCGAUGUUGACGGUCGGGGUGUCAUCUCUGGAUACGUUGGAUCUCCCGCCGCCCCAGUUGUCCCGGAAUCUCCCUCUCCAGCCUCUCCGGCCCCUGCUGCCUCUCCCAAUCCGGGAGACUGA